AUUGCCGAGUCGCAUUUUUUAAUCGGCAGUGGCUUCCUUCAAAAAGCCACAGUUAGUUUUGAUACUGUACUACCUAGGGUAACUGGCACUAGACUGGCACCCAAUCAGAUACAUCUUUGGUACUACACUUUCAAUGUUCAUCUUGAAGUUCAACUUUCAACAUGCUCAUGUGCUCAGGUGCUCAUAUACUCAUAUUCAUAUUUGAAUAUACCUGAUUGAUCAGAAUUCGUUUUUUUUUUUAAAUAUCCAUGAUCACACUCUGAAUUCAUUCUUUUCUUCCUCUCGAGGAAACAUAUCAUCUCGUCAGUCAAAGUCGCUCAGAUCAAAUCCUCCUUCUCGCAUACACCCCACCGCCAAGCCCUGAUAUAUAUACUUGCCUCAUUACAAAUUUACAAUAUUGAAGUUGGCGGUUGCGUAUAUCGAAAUAUUUACUUCGAUGGCAAUCACCCCAACUCAGGUGAAUAGUGCAUAGGACAUACAGCAGGGUACUUUUAUGAUUUGAUCGGUGAUGAACAUGAAUCCAUCCGGUAUUCAUCGCCCAACCUACACAGCAUACCCCUACUUGACCCAGCCAGAAUUCUCUGAAGUAUGCCACCACCUCGACAGAAGAUACUGCCAGGCUACCCUGGGUCCUCUGCGAAGACAAUGGCGCCUCCAGGUUCAUACAGCUUUGGGCAUGUCAUUUGAGCCUGGCCAACGAGGUUAUACUACCUUCGUACAGAUCACCCGACCUUUGGAUGACGGAACCGCCGCCGACAGUCUCGCCACUAAAUUUGGCGAUGUUCACCUAGGUGACGAACAAGAUGAUGCUAUGGAUCUGACUGCUGACGAUGUGAUGAUGAAGAUGGAAGACUCGGAUAAGGAAGUCCUUACCAGGAAGCGAACUCGGCCCAAGUACAAUGCCAGUUAUGUUAAAUACGAGAUACAUUAUCAUCCCACGUAUCGUGCUCCCUGCUUGUGGUUCAGUCUACACAAUUUACCAUCUGACGAGUCGGCCUUCGAUGUCGAGACCGUCUUCCGCCGGCUAGUCCCUGAACAGUACAAGGAUUCUCUUCGACGAGUGGGAUCCGUGGGUGGCAUGUCAAUUGACCAUCACCCUAUCACCGAGGUUCCUUCCUUUUUCGUCCAUCCUUGCAUCAUUGGAGAAGCCAUGGAGAAGUUUGACUGUCCUCGAGAGGAUUACCUCAUGGUAUGGCUGGGAUUGGUAGGGGGGUGCGUUGGACUCUGGGUCCCCAAGGAGAUGGCAACCAUGAGUGUAGUAUGAGGGUCUGCUCGGUCGGACAGAAACGAAAAUGGGACCAGCUGCGGCUAACAAUGUUACAAUCGCGAGAGAUAGCCCUCGCUUAAACGUCCAAUAGACAAGCCGUGUCAUAUACUAGCAGGCAAGUUCUUAUUCGUCAUCGCUGUCCUCCUCCAUAGCCACGUCCUCAUCACUGUCUUCUUCCUCCUCUUCGUCACGAGGCCGCUUUUGCCCCCGGGUAUCAGGGCUGUUUGCAUCAGGCAUUGUAUGGUCCGAUGUCUGGGCCGGUUUCGAAGGUAGGCCAAGUGAGGUAGAAGUUGCGUCUGUCGACGCCCCACUAGUUGCUCCGGGCGCCGGGGCAUUGAAUAUGUUAUGUUGAGCUUCGGUCAUCUCGACGUUGGCAACGGCGGAUCCUGGUAGCUUGUAUGUGCCGUCUAGCUUCGCAAUUAUAUCUGACUUGGACUUCGCGUAUUGGAUGUGCUACAAGCGCGGAUUAUUUUAGUACUACUUGAUAUAGAUGGGCUUGAGAACUCAUAUGCUUCACGUACCAGUGGCUCGCCCAAGAAUUGGA